GGUUAGGAUUUUCAGCAGUGGUAAUCGACCUUUCACAAGAUGUAUGCUGAUCAAGUGGAGUCUCAAGCUAAUAGGUCAGUGAAGGACCGUCUUAAUGGAAAUUCUGCCUCCAAUUCCGGUCGCCGGCGGCCUAUCUCCGGCAAGAGCAGGGCAAUUUUCGUUAUGGAAGAUCAUGGCAAACUUGCCUUUUUUCUUUCAUGGAGAAAACAGAGCACCUUAUUUUAUGUUUGCUUUUUGCUUGUGAUACUAUGCUAUCAUGGCAUUAUAUUAGCGGUCUGUAAAGAUCGCAAGGUUGGUGUAAGAGAUCUGCGUUUCAAGCUCCAACGGAAGAGUAUCGAACAAGCUAAUCCAAGUGCAAGGGAUCUACGUGAGAAGCUCUCUGGUACAUUCUAUUCUCGUCCUAUUGAGUCCAAGCCUAUACCUGUGAGGCCGAAGCCCGCCCUUGAAGUCAGUAAACCUCCUAGAAAGGUUGCUAGCUCCGUAUCGAAGCAAAAGGUUCAGCAGAAGGUUGAGUUGGUGGAUAGUUUCUUGCAGUCCCUAAGUCUCGAGAAAUAUUCAAUUACAUUUCAGGCCGAAGAAGUUGAUAUGGCAGCCCUAGUACAUAUGAAGGAUGAAGAUCUUAAAGUUUUGGGAAUUCCUAUGGGUCCAAGAAAGAAGAUACUUCUGGCACUGGAAUCAAAGUCUCAUGACUAAGUGUAAUAUAAUAGGCAACCAUAUUUUUCUCUCUUGGGUAGUUUUGUCGUAUGAAUUGUUGCACAUAUCUCGUACCAGCAGGUUUAUUUUUUUUUGUGUUGGUCGGUUUCUUAAAUAGAGCUUUUUUGCUGUAGUUUUAAGCUCUCUUGCUGAAAACGGGCUUCAAUUAACCGAUCAUUUUUAAUUUAAAUAUAUGUAACCAUCGAUUUGAGGGACUGGGGGAUUUGAGUUAGUGAUUCUUGCUGCUUUA